AUGGCGCUGAGCUGGAGCGGCCGCCUUUGCGGCGGGGGCGAGGCUGGGCGAGCGCCGCUGCUCCGCUGGGCUCCGCUGCUGCUCCUGGGGAGCCUCCUGGCGCCGGGCGCCGCCGGGCCCCCGCCCCCGCCCUGCAGCGGCCCCUUGAUCCUGGGCAUGAGGCUGGAGAACGCCAGCCCGGCGCUGCCGGACAUCCCCGAGCUCGGCAUUAUCCGGGUGCUGGAGGGCAGCAGCAUCUACCUGCGCCUCUACGGCAUGGGCAUGCACGCCCGCGUCUCCGAGCUGGUCUCCUUCUCCGAGGUGCUGCCCAACGCCAGCUUCGCCUGGGCCAAUGCCACCUGCCCGGAGAAGACCCAGGACCUGGAGGUGGAGCCGGGCGUGCUCGACGUCCGGAACACCUCCGCCGUGGUCUCCGUGAAGGUCCAGAAGCUGCGCAAGGGGGAGCAUUCCAAGGUCUACGUGCUGUGCGCCCAGAGCGCUCCCGGGCAGCCCCGGGUGCGCCUGGAGGGCAACGAUGCGCUCAUCCGAGUGUUCGAGGAGGCGCCGCGGCUGCUGCCUCUCUGGCUCCAGAUUUGCCUCAUCUGCCUCCUCCUGGCCCUUUCGGGCAUGUUCAGUGGCCUCAACCUAGGCCUCAUGGCCCUGGACCCCAUGGAGCUGCGCAUCGUGCAGAACUGCGGCACGGAGACGGAGAAGCGCUAUGCCCGCAAGAUCGAGCCCAUCCGCCGGAAGGGCAACUACUUGCUCUGCUCCCUCCUCCUGGGCAACGUGUUGGUCAACACCACCCUCACCAUCCUGCUGGAUGACCUCAUUGGCUCUGGCCUGGGGGCCGUCAUUGCGUCCACCUCGGGCAUCGUCAUCUUUGGGGAGAUUGUCCCGCAGGCCAUGUGUUCCCGUCACGGUUUAGCGGUGGGCGCCAACACUAUCGUUCUCACCAAGUUCUUCAUGCUGUUGACUUUCCCCAUCUCCUUUCCUAUCAGCAAGAUGUUGGACUGGGUGCUGGGCCAGGAGAUUGGCACCGUGUACAACCGGGAGAAGCUGGUAGAGAUGCUGAAGAUAACAGAGCCUUACAACGACCUGGUGAAGGAGGAGCUCAAUAUGAUUCAGGGGGCUUUGGAGCUCAGGACUAAGACGGUAGAGGACGUCAUGACCCCACUCCAUGACUGUUUCAUGAUCAACAGUGACGCCAUAUUGGAUUUCAAUAUGAUGUCAGAGAUCAUGGGGAGUGGCUACACCCGCAUCCCUGUCUAUGAGGAGGAACGGUCCAACAUUGUGGAUAUACUUUACGUGAAAGAUCUGGCUUUUGUAGAUCCUGAUGACUGUACAACCCUCAAAACAAUCACAAAGUUUUACAAUCACCCGGUCCAUUUUGUCUUCCAUGAUACCAAACUGGAUGCCAUGUUGGAAGAAUUCAAAAAGGGAAAAUCGCAUCUGGCCAUCGUCCAGAAAGUGAACAACGAAGGCGAGGGCGACCCUUUCUAUGAGGUGCUGGGCCUGGUGACCCUGGAGGAUGUCAUUGAGGAGAUAAUCAAAUCGGAGAUCCUGGAUGAGUCGGAUAUGUACACUGACAACCGCUCCAAGAAGCGAGUGAACAACCAGAAAACCAAGAGGGACUUUUCUGCUUUCAAGGAUAAUGACGCAGAGUCCAAAGUGAAGAUCUCCCCGCAGCUUCUUCUGGCUGCUCACCGGUUUCUUUCUACAGAGGUGAACCAGUUCACCCCAGCCUUCAUUUCCGAGAAGAUCCUGCUUCGCCUGCUCAAACACCGGGACGUCAUCCAGGAUCUGAAGUUUGAUGAGGAGAACAAGAAGGCACCUCAGCACUUCCUCUUCACCAGAAACAAGGCAGCCGACUACUUCAUCCUCAUCCUGCAGGGUAAAGUGGAAGUGGAGGCCGGCAAGGAGAACAUGAAGUUUGAGACGGGUCCCUUCUCCUAUUACGGGGUGAUGGCCUUGAAUCCGGUUGUUACAACAAUUUCAGAGGUGCGCUCCCCUUCUCACGUGAGUAACCUGAAUCGCUCAGCAUCGCUGUGCUAUCACGAACGCUCCGAUUCCAUCUCCUCCACCGUCAGCGGUAGCAACAACCAGAUCAAUGCCAGCCCCAGCUCCCAGUAUCUCUCGGACUUCAGCGUUCGAGCCCUCAUGGACCUGCAGUAUAUCAAGAUUACACGCCUUCAGUACCAAAACGGCCUCAUGGCUUCCCGCUUGGAGAGCUGCCCCCAGUCUCCUGAUGGCAGCCCCCCCAAACCGGACACCACCUUGCCCGCAAAGGAAACCCCGACAUCCAAUGAAGUGAUUAGCCUCUUGAACGAGAAGAACUGCCAGCAUUUGAAGACAAACCACAACCCCCCGGAUGAAGUUGUCUGACCCCGGCCCUUUGGCGAUCGGGUUUCGCCCAGCUCGCCCCAGUCCUUCCCUUCCAAAGACAGUAAAGUGGGAGGGGGGGAAACACACCAGUGCCCACGAGAGGAUUUUG